AUGAGCAGCCAAAGCCGCCUGGGCCUGAGCCCGGGGUCCCGCGGGGCAGUGGGUCUGGCCGGGGUCCCACGGGGCGGUGGGUCUGAGGGCCGGGGUCCCGCGGGGCGGUGGGUCUGGCCGGGGUCCCGCGGGGCGGUGGGUCUGAGCCCGGGGUCCCGUGGGGCGGUGGGUCUGGCCGGGGUCCCGCGGGGCGGUGGGUCUGAGGGCCGGGGUCCCGCGGGGCGGUGGGUCUGGCCGGGGUCCCGCGGGGCGGUGGGUCUGAGCCCGGGGUCCCGUGGGGCGGUGGGUCUGGCCGGGGUCCCGCGGGGCGGUGGGUCUGAGCCCGGGGUCCCGUGGGGCGGCGGGUCUGGCCGGGGUCCCGCGGGGCGGCGGGUCUGGCCGGGGUCCCGCGGGGCGACCAGCCGAGAGGAGGUGGUGCCGGGCAGGGACUCCUCCGAAGAUGCUCUCAGGCCCCCGCCAGGACACCCUUUGCCUUGGGGCGGGCAACAUCACCGUGUGGGCGGGAACCACAACCUGCCAGCUGCUGCCAACCUGGACACCGAGGCCAGCAGGCCUGGGACCGCCAAGGGAGGCCUGGACACAUGCACCUUUGGGAUCCAUGCCUGCUCCCCCUUUAGGCACAGCUCGCUGCUGAAGACAGCUCACCAUGGACAAGGGUUUAUCCAACAACCAGAGCUUGGGGCUGUGGUAACUCAGUGCCAGGUGGGGACAGGGUCCCUGCUGGUCACCAGGAGCCUGUGCCGGGAAAACUGGGACACUCCUGCGUCACUGCUGGCCCGGGUGGGACCACCUCUGUUCCCCACUGGCAAUGUCCAAGCCUGGCCAGGGCAUGGUGGGCUCCUCUGCUCUCAGCGCCCAGGCUGCCCUGGCCCCGGUGUCAGUUACGUAGCCACUGCAUCCUCCCUCUGUCCCAGUCAUGUCUACCCAGGUUGCACCCAUGUGUCAGCCCCCUACCCUCCUACAGUCCCCAGACAACACGGCUCCCUUCCUUCCACGUGUGGCCACUCUCCUACUUCUGGCACCACUACCUCUUCUAGCGGCCCCGCAGCCCCUCCCCUCCCUUCUCCUAUUGCUGGGGGCAGGGAAGCUCCAGGGGCAUCCCCAGCACCCAGCGAGGAGCCCGGCAGACAGUCACUGUUCAGAGAACAGCAGACAAAUGCAUCAUUAAAGCAAAAAUAAAAAACAAAGUCUAUUUUACAAACUAGUGGUGUUCUUAAAAAUUGAGGGGCCAGGCGUGGUGGCUCACACGUCCGCUGCGGGUGGGACAGAGGCGCCUUCUCUGGGGUGCCCUUCUCCUUUCUUUCCUUUUUCUCUCCCCCAGCUCCAGUGAGCUCCAGCUCAACCACAUCUGGAGGGAAGGCCUGGGCUUCCUCCUAACUUACAAGAAGCCCCUCUGAGCUGGGCACGGGGGCUCAGGCCUGUGAUCUCAGCUACUCGGAA